CGGCGCUCUAGGCUUCCAUCUUUGUGCGGGCGAGGGGCGGUUGCUAGGCUGCGCGCAGGGCCUGGUAGGCCGCAGUAGCGGCGGGACGGCAGAGCCGUCCGGCGGCCGAGUCGAGCGGCGGGACGUCAUGGCGGCUUCGCCUCCCUCGGAGUCGCGUAUUUCGGACGGCCCGGGCAGCUGCGUGCUGUGCUGCGGCGAGCUGGAGGUGGUGGCCUUGGGCCGCUGCGAGCACCCCAUCUGCUACCGGUGCUCCGUGCGGAUGCGGGCGCUCUGCGGGGUCCUGUACUGCGCCGUCUGCCGGGAGGAGCUGGCCCAGGUGGUUUUUGGGAAGAAACUGCCACCCUUUUCAACAAUCAUACUCAGCCAGUUACAACAUGAGAAGAAAUAUGACAUCUAUUUUACUGAUGGAAAGAUUUAUGCUCUCUAUAGGAAGCUCCUGCAGCACGAAUGCCCUCUGUGCUCGGAGUCCCGGACAUUUCCUGCUGUUGUGGAGUUGGAGCAGCACAUGAGGAAGCAGCACGAGCUCUUUUGCUGCAAGCUCUGCGUGAAGCACCUGAAGAUCUUUACAUAUGAGCGCAAAUGGUAUUCACGCAAGGAUCUUGCUCGGCAUAGAAUCCAUGGGGAUCCUGAUGACACAUCUCACCGUGGGCACCCCUUGUGUAAAUUUUGUGACGAGCGAUAUUUGGAUAAUGAUGAGUUGCUAAAACACCUGAGGAGAGACCACUAUUUCUGCCACUUCUGUGAUUCUGAUGGAGCUCAAGAAUAUUACAGCGAUUAUGAGUAUCUCCGCGAACACUUCCGGGAGAAGCAUUUCCUCUGCGAAGAAGGUCGGUGCAGCACCGAGCAAUUCACCCAUGCCUUUCGGACCGAAAUCGACUACAAAGCACACAAGACGGCUUGUCACAGCAAAAACCGAGCUGAAGCCAGGCAGAAUCGGCAGAUUGACUUGCAGUUCAACUAUGCCCCAAGACACCAGCGGAGAAGCGAGGGUGUUGUCAGUGGUGAAGACUAUGAGGAAGUUGAUAGGUAUAACAGGCAGGUGAGAGGAGGCAGGUCAGGAGCCCGAGGUGGACAGCAGAACAGGAGAGGCAGCUGGCGAUACAAGAGAGAAGAAGAAGACCGAGAUGUUGCUGCAGCUGUUCGGGCAUCAGUGGCUGCCAAAAGGCAAGAAGAGAAAAAACGGGUGGAGGACAAAGAGGACAACUGUCGCGCCAAGAAGGAAGAUGUCAAAGAUCCUGACCCAACAAUCUCUAAGCGAGGGGUGAAGCCUUCAUCCGAAGAACCAGUUCCCAAGGAAGUGGUUCCCAAGGCUGCCUUAAGGCAAGAUGAUUUUCCUGCCAUUGGCUCGCCAACCGUGAAUUCUGCGCAGAGCUCAUCUCAGUUGGCGCCAGUAAAACUUGAUGAAGAGGACUUUCCCAGGCUCUCCUUCUCCUCUGCUCCGCCCGUGGUCUCUGCCGCUCUGCCCUUGUCGUACAUGGCUACAGCUCAAAAGACAGGCUUUCAAGAGGAGGACUUCCCCGCCCUGGUCUCCAAAGUCCAACCAAGCAGCAAGAUGGUGUCGACCCUUGCCUCGGCCUGGAGCGGUGGCUCCAGCAAGAACAUGGCCCGAGCCGGGUUGGCCACAGCCGGCCAGCCGGCCAGAAAAGGGGCCCCUCCCGGCAGCAGUAAAGCAAGCAAAAAGAGCAAGGUAAUGCUCCCUGGCAACUCUCAGGAUAGCAGCGGCAGUGUACCCACUCAGGAAAUCCGCAGCGCACCAACAAUGGUGGAUGUGUCCUCACUGCUGGCAGCCUCUAACUCUCAGACUUUUGCCAAAGUGGGUAAGAAGAAGAAAGUUGGGACUGAGAAGCUGAGAACAGCCUCGUCGCCCGGGUUGCAGGAGAUGCCAGCCGCCCUCCACUCUCUCGAGAAGGUAGAAGAUGCUGAGCAGCCCUCGGCCAUCGCUGCCGGUCCUAACCUGCCCAGCACCUCUGCCGCUCUGGUGAACGGCCACGCAGAAAAGUCCACGCUGCCGGGCAGUGCUUCCAAAGAGCCCCCCGGCCUUAGGAAGCCACACGGGGGUGGCCAGUGCCUGUUGCCUCAGGAAGACUUUCCAGCCCUUGGGAAUGCCGGGCCAUCUCGGAUGCCUCCACCCCCAGGCUUCAAUUCUGUGGUGCUACUUAAUGGCCCCCCACCUCCUCCUGGGCUGUCGGUGCCUUUUAGUAAACCACCCCCUGGCUUCACUCCUAUUCCACCCACCAGUAUUUCAGAAAAUGCCUCGGCUCCUGUGAAAGAGCCGAGACUCUGUCAGGGACCCUAUCUGAUCCUGGACAACUUCCAGCAACGGAACAUCCAGCUAAUUCAGUCAAUCAGAGAAUUUCUUCAAGAAGAUGAAUCUCAGUUCAACAAAUUUAAGACGUACUCGGGGCAGUUCAGGCAGGGUCUGAUUCCAGCAGAGCAGUACUACAGAAGCUGCCAGGAGCUCUUGGGUGAGAACUUCAGGAAGAUCUUCAAUGAGCUCUUGGUCCUCCUGCCAGACACAGCCAAGCAACAGGAACUGCUCUCUGCUUACAAUGACUUGACAGCCAAAGCUCCAGCUGGCUCCUCUCCCUCCUCCUUGAGCAGGUCCAAGAAGAACCAGAAGGCGGUUUGGCAGACCGAGCCGGCUUCCGACCUCGACUGCUGCGUCUGCCCCACCUGCCAGCAGGUGCUGACCCAGCAGGACCUCGUUUCUCACCAAGCCCUGCACCUGGAGGAGGAGGAGGAGUUCCCUUCCUUGCAGGCCAUUAGCCGGAUCAUCAGCUAGCUAGCCCAGGUGACCAAUAAAAUUAGUCUCCCUCUGGAAAUUGGCUCUUCUCAGGCAGGUUCUCCACAGAGGGGAGAGGAGCCAGCGGUGCACGUGGGCCAAAGGGCCUCGGGGCUUGAGGAAGAAAAGCAGGGGGAAUUAAAUGGGGACAGGACAAUGGAAGCGGUAGCUUCCUUCUUCUCUGCAGAAUAGGACGGAGCAGCAGGGGGACAGAGACUUAGUUUACUGCUGUAGAUAAGAACUUAACUCCUGGCUGGCUGGCUGGCUGCAGCAAGGAUGUUGGGCAGAGGGGAGCUGCUGCUUUCUGAAAAGGGGAAGGUUGGGCUUGGCUGCUGAGAAAUAAUGGGGAGCGGCUCACAGGGUCUGUGGGAAAGGAUUCCAGAAGACGGGAGAGAGCUGAGAAUAGCGACUGCUGUGUGGUCUUUCUCUGUCCUUCUGUCCUUUAUUCUUAACAGUGUUUUGCAGAGAGGACUUUGCUGUUUGUCCCAGCAGGGAAGGGUCCUCAGGCAGAGGAAUUGCCCAAGAACUCAGAAUCUGUUUCUCUCACGUUGUUUCUAACGGAAACCUCAGCUCUUUCCUUUGGUUCUGUUAGAAUUGCAUGCGGGGGGAAGGUACCACCCAGCGCUUUCUUUACUUCUCACUGUAAAUGUGGAUUUCUGUCCAGUGAUGUGAGAUCAGUUAUUUCUGUGGUCUUGAGUGGUUGUGGCUCAUUAAAUGCUGCUCAGCGGUGACCACUUCCUGAUGCCUCAGGGUCAUCCUGGCAUGUUCUUGAAAAGGGCUGCUUGCCUGGAUCUCUGCCCCAAGGACUUGGGAUGCCCAGGGUGUUGCCUGCUGCUAUCCCCGAGUUCUCUCCUGCUCCUUCUCCAGAUCAUCCCCACAGAAGGAGAGUUGAGUUGCUUCCACAGACGGGGCCUUGAGACGGUAACAUUGGUCAGAGGCACCACUAGCUUUUUACAGUAGCAUUAGAGAGUAGACGUUAUAAAUAUGAUUUACGAUUUUCUGUGCCCCUCCCCUCACACACACAACCACAUAUGAGUAUUCAAGACCUAGCACGGGCCCCUUGAAGUUUUAUUUUGUGUACGUGUGUAUGUAUGUGGGAUAUAAUUGGAUUGUGCUACUUCCCAUUGCCUCUAUUUAAAGGGAAAAAACUACAGAAACCAUUUGAUGUCUUGCAAAGCAAAACUGAGUAAAGCUCAAUCUAAAGAUCUGGCACAUUAUUUUUGUGGGCUGGCUUUAAUUGCUGAAGAUUUGGUAUUGCAGUCCCUCAAUUUUCAAGAGCAAAAAUGGUCUAUUAGUGUUUUUUUAAAGUCACUAUUUGCAGAGCCCAUUGCUGUAUCAAGUCGGCCAUUGAGUUCCAAAAUGGUGGGCUCUUUUGAAGUGAGCUGGAAUUGUUCAUUCUUUUAUGUUGGCAAUGCUUGUAAGAAGACCCGGAGCCUCAGUCUCAGACAAGGUUUAUUUUGUCAUUAGACAAAGUUCAGUUUACUGUUUUUAGGUCUUAAAAUUGGUGCUUUUCAGCCAACUUUUUUCAGUUAUUUCAAAUUUUUUCAGUAUAAGUACAAUAAAAUUGGGCUCUUUUCAACUUCAGCCAAUGCAUGGGAGUGCAAAUCAGUUCAAGGAAGUCCUCCCAUCUUUAACACAUUCAGGGAUCUCCUUUGCCUCCCCCACUCCCAUUGGGCCUGUUCCUUCUGGUGGGGACAUGGCUUUCUCACUUGCUGAAUGCCUUGUGGUGAGACCGUGUGUGGGUCCUGAGGAUUCUGUGGGGCUGCUAGAGGCCUUUUGCCCCAAGCUCCUGUUUCUUUGGGGCUCUCCAAUGAAAAUAAGGGCUUACAUUGCAGAGUUUUACAGCUGAGCCUUCCAGAGGCAUCAAUGGAAGACAAAGAAGCUGCUGCUGCUUAUAGUGGCUCCCCCAUUUGGUUUGACUGGGGCUCCUUGAUACCUGAGAACAAGACCCAUCAGGUCUCAGGCUGGGGCAGGACACCUGCUUCCACUCAGUUGCCUGGCAUCCUGGAAUGCUCCUGCCACAAGUGACUUAAGUACUGUUAGCAAUGCUGUCAUGCCUGUCUGAGAGGAUGGCUGUUAAUAAGGCUGCACCAGCCGUUUGGAUCACCUGGUGGCCUCCCUUCCUGAGGAACAUUUUGACAAGUUUCAGGCUCUUCCUUUUAACUCUUUAUUGGAAAAUAAGUUGUAAUCGCAACACCAACAGUUAAAUUAGCACAAUCACAGACUAAUCUGUUUUUCAAAAUGUACAGCUAUAAUUAUAUACAUAAAAAAUGUAAACAUUAAAAAAUUCA